CUCGUGCAUUAUUUGUAGCAACAUAAUUUAGCUAGCUAGCUAUAGUUUUCUUUAUCUCCUUUCAUGGGUCAAUUUUUGAGUGCAAUUAUUAUUAUUCAAGUGAAGACUUUGUAAUGAUCCUUAUAAAAAAAAAAAAAGAAAUUAUUCACCUUCUUUCUCUGAAACAAAAAUACAUUAUUUUCUCUAUGCUUAUUAUUAUUAUUAGGGAAAUGCGAAUGAAAAUAAUAAGCUAAUUAAGACACAACAUCAUCAAAGAGUUUCUCAAAACGACCCAACAACAAUGGAUAAUGUUCAUCAUGUUCAAGUAGAAUCAAAAGCUCCUCAUCAUCAGCAUCAUAAUCAUGAUAGUCAUCAUCGUUCUUCUCUCAUUGCUCUCAUGAGAGCAUCACCAUCUUCUUCAUUGACUCCCUCCUCCUCCACCUCAUCAUCUUCUUCUUCUUCUUCUUCUUGGACCCUUAAGAAAUACCUCCUCUACGACCACCCGGGUCCGACCGGGUCCAAUAAUGUUCCUCCUCAUGAUGAUGAAGAUCAUCAAGAACACCAACUACGACCACCACACGUGGCAGAAAUCCACGAACUUCAGAAAAGAGUGUUCAUCGAUGGCAUUGUCGGUCACAGUGGGAUGCAAUGGAACCAUGUGAACAGCCGGUUCGACCAAGUUUCCUCCCCCAGAACCAGCCCUGAACCGGUUGUAGAAUGGUCCAACUUUGCCUUCUGCAUUGGGAUGCAGUCUUCACCAGAAUUUGCCAAUGAAUUGCUAAGAGCAUUAAGAGGAGGAAAGCAUUGGAAAUUCAACAUCACUAAAACUGAUUUGUACCGUUUCUGGCUUCGGAUUAAAGAUGAUUCUUUUGAUUCAAGAAUGCGAAUUUUUUUUUACAUGUGUAACAGAAACAAUGAUGGAAGAAUUACCAAGACGGAUAUAAAACAGACAAUUGUAUUGGCUGCAUCUACAAAUAAGUUAUCCGUGACACAAGAAGAAGCCGAGAACUCUGCAGCUUUGAUCAUGGAAUCACUUGACCUCCAAAACAAAGGCUACAUUCAGAUAUCUCAAAUGGAGUGUCUCUUGAAGUUAAUCCAAAGUCCAUCAAAGAAAUCAUUAGCAGCAGGAGAUACAGAGAAGCAAAAUAAUGUGGAGAGCAACAAGAAUGGGUUCCUUAAGGAGCAAGAAGCAAUGUCGAGGGCGGAAGUGUUGUUCCGAACGAACUGGCGGCGCGCUUGGAUGGUUCUGGUUUGGGUAAUGGCUUGCAUUGUGCUGUUUGGGUGGAAAUUCUAUCAGUACAGUCAUAGAUCAGGAUUUCAAGUGAUGGGUUAUUGCCUUCCAACUGCAAAAGGUGCAGCUGAAACAUUGAAACUCAACAUGGCUCUCAUUCUCCUCCCUGUUUGUAGAAACACAAUCACUUGGCUCCGCAAGGAUCCUAGGAUCAACUAUCUCAUUCCUUUUAAUGACAACAUUAACUUCCACAAGGUACACCCUCGUCUAAUUUUGCCUGCAUUUCGGUUAAUUAAUUACAUAAAUAAAUUUGUCAUAAAAAACAAAUUUACUACUAAUAAGGAGAAAAUUCAGACUAUAGCGGCGAGAUUCGGGUUCCGGCAGCCAACGUACUUGCAAAUUUUGGCCACAACAGAGGUGGCAAGUGGGAUAGCCAUGGUGUUUCUAAUGGCCAUUGCAUUCACACUUGCAACAAAGUGGCCGAGACGUCGCUCGCCGGCGCUGCCGGUGUCCCUAAGAAGGGUCACCGGCUACAACACAUUUUGGUACUCACACCAUUUGUUUGUUAUUGUCUAUGCAUUGCUCAUUGUCCACUCCAUGUUCUUGUUCCUAACUAACAAAUGGACCGAGAAAACGACUUGGAUGUACAUUGCUUUUCCAGUUUUGUUAUACACUGGAGAGAGGAUCUUUAGAGCUGUAAGGUCAGGAUCUUAUGAAGUUGAUAUCUUCAAGGUAAGUCUGUGUCCCGGAAAAGUUUUGUACCUGAAAAUGCAAAAACCUGAAGGCUUCAAGUACCAAAGUGGCAUGUAUAUAUUCCUUCAGUGCCCACAAAUUUCAUCCCUUGAAUGGCAUCCAUUUUCCUUAACUUCAGGACCACAAGAUGAUUACCUUAGUGUGCACAUUAGAACUCUUGGAGAUUGGAGCUACCAAAUAUACGACCUAUUCCAAGAGGCAGUGUUAACAAGAUCAGAAGUGUGUCCAAAAGUGUACAUAGAUGGGCCAUAUGGUUCUGCUUCUCAAGAUCAUGUUAAGUAUGACAUUGUGAUGCUGAUUGGCCUUGGUAUUGGAGCCACACCUUUCAUUAGCAUCCUCAAAGAUGUAGCAGCUACAACACACAAUGAUCAUGUUCAUAGUGGUGUGAGAGAAUACGGCAACUUAACAAAGUGUCCGCAAAAGGCAUAUCUCUAUUGGGUCACAAGAGAGCAAAAUUCCCUUGAUUGGUUUAGAGAUGUUAUGAAUCAAAUUGCAACUUCAAACAAAAAUCAGUCGGUGGUGGAAAUGCACAAUUUCCUUACUAGUACCGUGUAUCCUGCCGGAGAUAUCCGUGCGGCGCUGCUAAGUGUCAUUCAAGGGUUGCAUCACGCCAAGAAUGGCACUGACUUAGUUUCCAGGAGCCCAAUAUACACUCAUUUUGCUCGUCCGAAUUGGUUCAACAUAUUUGCUAGAUUAGCUCAAAGGCACAGGGGAGCUAAGAUUGGGGUUUUCUAUUGUGGCUCAUCUAAUUUGGCAAGGGAGUUGAAGAAGUUGUGCACCGAAUUUUCCACCAAAACCACAACAAGAUUUGUUUUCCACAAGGAAAAUUAUUAAACCUUGAAUGAUUGGUGUUGUGUCAAAUUCAUAGUGAAGAAUGCAAAUUAAGUCAGGUUCAAAGCAAAUCAUCAACUAUCUACUCUAGAGUCUAGAGAGUGUGUUUGGUGCUAUUUUGGUAGGAAUUAAGAAAGUAUUAGUUAUAUACCAAGAAAAAGAAAGAAAGAAAGUAUAGUUAUCAAAAGGAAGGGAAAAACAAAUUGAAGAGUUAUAUAUUUAUAGUAAGGGAAUAUUGUUUUACCAGAUAUAGAAGUAAAUAGGAAGAGAAUAUUUUUUACUUAUAUAAGGCAUGUUGCAUAUUUUUUUUCCCCAAAGAUAUGUAAUUGCAUUACUUUGUAAAAAA